AUGGAAUUCUGCAUUUUCAUGUUAUACUUGCAUCAAAAGAAAUCAUUUAUCGCGACAUCAAACCUGAAAACAUCCUUCUCAACUUAUUUGGACAUAUUCACUUAUCUGAAAUUCGGACUCUCUAAAAUCACAAACCAUUCUUAAAGUUUAAAUGGAUCUAAAAAUUACAUUAAUCCUGAAAUGCCACUCAAACUGGAUACAAAAUACAAGUCGAUCAUAAUUAUUCUGAAACCUACUUAACAUACUUGUUAUCAUUUCUGUAGCAAAAAGACUAAAAAAUUCUAUGACUCUAUACUCAAUGAAUAAUUCACAUUCCGACAAUUUCUAAGUCAAAUAAAUCAAAGAUUAUUAACCAAAGAACCUAAUAAAAGAUUAGGAGUGCAUAUAGGAGACAAAGAAAUCCUUCAACUUAAAUGGUUUAAGAAAGUCAAUCUGA